AGGUGUGUAACAUUUUGUGAGACUAUUCUGGAACUUGCGUCCGGUGUACGAGAGCCGGUUUGCACAUCCGAGAGUUGGACGGAUCUUUGUACGGCACUUCGCUACGCAUUUUUUCCGCGACUAUCCGUGCGUGCGAUGAGCAGCCUAUCGUUACUGUCGGAGUACGCGUCCUCCGACGAGAGCGACUCAGAAAGCGAUGACAGCGGUUCCCCCAAGCCGAAGUCCUCGAGACUGGACAACGGUUCUCGAAGUAGCGCGCCUCAGAGGCAAGAUAAGCAUAGGUCGACUCUUCCCGUGCCUCCCGAAGUGCUGAGCCUGUUCAAAGAUCGAACCGACCCUUUCGCCUGGCAAGACGACAGAGAUCAACAUAACGGGAGAGUCCGGACGUUCGCCCAUGAGCCUGGAGUAUGGGCGUCGUACGCAUUCGUUUCGGGAUCCACCCAGCCCGAGCUGGGACAGCUCAUUUCGACCGUGUGUUCGGAUUGCCCCUACCUCAAUCCCCAGGAUCCGAAUUUGUGUCACGUGAGCUUGUCACGUACUGUUAAAUUGCGUCAUCACUGGAUCCAGCCAAUCGUUGACGCCCUGCGCGUAAAGUUUGCUCCGGUUUGCCAUUUUAGCAUCUUUUUGGGCUCCCUGGAGGUGUACACGAACGAAGAAAAGACCCGAACGUUUUUAGGUCUGAAAGUUCACAGAGGGGUGGAGCAGCUCAAAAGGCUCGUGGUCGAGGUCGAUACCUGCCUGACCGAAUACGAGCUGCCCCUGUUCUACGAGGAUCCUUCCUUCCACAUGAGCCUGGCCUGGUGUGAAGCAAAGCAUGAGCAUGACCUUCAAGAGACACUACAUGACUUGCAGUUCAAGUUGGAAGAGUUUGCAAGCAGACGUCCCUUGUGCCGCGUGCUGACUGUGCCGUCUGUCUGGUUUCGUAGUGGGAAUAAGUUGUUUGAAUUGCCAUUAGUACAGGCCUGAUCAUCUUCGGACUCCGAGUUCAAAGAUACAACACAUUUAUAGCUUCUCUAAAACCCCUGAGAUGUUGAAGAUGCAUGUUGCUCAAUAAAUUGUCUUUUUUUUACAGAGAA